UCAUUACUCAUAAAAACAAUUGUUUAAUGUUGUCAUUAAACAAUUGUUUUACGGAUAUUGAAUUGUUUUUCGUAUAAUCAUGUUGUGGUAGCCAUUGAUAAUUAGUUAAUGUUUCAUAGAAAUUAAAAUAAUCUCGUUAAGUAUGUCGUCUUCCGGAGAUUUCGGUAAUCCUCUUAGAAAGUUCAAAUUGGUGUUUUUGGGUGAACAAAGUGUUGGUAAAACGUCUCUCAUCACAAGAUUUAUGUAUGAUAGUUUCGAUAAUACUUACCAGGCCACCAUUGGUAUUGAUUUUUUGUCUAAAACUAUGUAUCUCGAAGAUAGAACUGUAAGAUUACAGCUAUGGGAUACUGCAGGACAAGAAAGAUUCAGAAGUCUUAUUCCUUCUUAUAUAAGAGAUUCUACUGUUGCUGUUGUUGUAUAUGACAUAACAAAUGCAAAUUCUUUUCACCAGACAUCAAAAUGGAUAGAUGACGUUCGAACUGAACGUGGUAGUGAUGUAAUAAUAAUGUUAGUCGGUAACAAAACUGAUUUAACUGAUAAACGGCAAGUAUUAGCUGAAGAUGGUGAACACAAGGCAAAGGAGUUAAAUGUCAUGUUUAUUGAAACUAGUGCUAAAGCUGGUUACAAUGUUAAACAAUUGUUCAGAAGAGUGGCUGCAGCAUUACCUGGAAUGGAUGUAGCUGAAAAUAGACCACCUGAAGACAUGCAAGAAGUCGUGCUUAAAGACACACCAAAUGAUGCAGCAAAUCCAGAGAAGAGUUGUGCAUGCUAAUAUAUAAUUUAAAGUUAAACUUAUAUAAUAAAAUCCAUCCAAUUUUCAUUACAUAUAAUAAAGUCUUAAACUCUAAGGACUAACUUUUUGUUGUUUAAAUAACAGAAUUAAUUCUGGGCAUGGAUAAUGAUUCAAUAUAUUUAUGUAAAUAUUAGAUGAGUUAGACCAGAAAUUAAUUAAAAUAAUACAUAUAAUUAUAAUUAAACCUAUAAUUAGUAAUUAUAAUAUAACAAAAAAAUAACAAUUGAAAGAAAAUAUUUCCACCUCGCUGAACAUUCCCUUGAGCUUUAAAUAAAUGCUACAUUAUUAUUGUUUUGUAAACAAUUAUUUUUAUUUAUUUCACAGUUAUAAUUUUUAACUAAUAGU